GUGGCGUGGCCUGGGCCAAGGAGACUGACGGACUGUGCCAGGUGACUCUUUUGAGGCCCAGACGUGGACGCACUCCGUUCCGGACUCCGGGUUCCGUGGGGAACCGGGCUGGUUGGUGGAGGCGAAGGAACGAAGGGACUUCCGUUUCCUUCUCCUAGGCAGGGGCCGAGAGCGGAGUUGGCAUUUCCAGAUUGGGCUUGGGCCGCUCCUCCUCCGGGACCCUCCCCUCGGGACCGAGCUGAUCGCCGCUGGCGGUUGAGGCCGGCUCUCUCAGCGCGAAAAGGUGGACAAGUCCUAUUUUCAAGAGAAGAUGACUUUUAACAGUUUUGAAGGAUCUAAAACUUGUGUACCUGCAGACAUCAAUAAAGAUGAAGAAUUUGUAGAAGAGUUUAAUAGAUUAAAAACUUUUGCUAAUUUUCCAAGUAGCAGUCCUGUUUCAGCAUCAACACUGGCACGAGCAGGUUUUCUUUAUACUGGUGAAGGAGAUACUGUGCGUUGCUUUAGUUGUCAUGCAGCAGUAGAUAGAUGGCAAUAUGGAGACUCAGCAGUUGGAAGACACAGGAAAGUAUCCCCAAAUUGCAGAUUUAUCAAUGGGUUUUAUUUUGAAAACAGUGCUGCACAAUCUACAAAUCCUGGUGUCCAAAAUGGUCAAUACAAAACUGAAAACCAUCUGGGAAGCAGGAAUCAUUUUGCUCUAGACAGACCAUCUGAGACUCAUGCAGACUAUCUUUUGAGAACUGGACAGGUUGUAGAUAUCUCAGACACUAUAUACCCAAGGAAUCCUGCUAUGUGUAGUGAAGAAGCUAGAUUAAAGUCAUUUCAGAACUGGCCAGACUAUGCCCACUUAACCCCCAGAGAGUUAGCUAGUGCUGGACUCUACUACACAGGUGUUGACGAUCAAGUGCAGUGCUUUUGUUGUGGUGGAAAACUGAAAAAUUGGGAACCUUGUGAUCGUGCCUGGUCAGAACACAGGCGACACUUUCCUAAUUGCUUCUUUGUUUUGGGCCGGAAUGUUAAUAUUCGAAGUGAAUCUGAUAUUGUAAGCUCUGAUAGGAAUUUCCCAAAUUCAACAAAUCUUCCAAGAAAUCCAGCCAUGGCAGAGUAUGAAGCUCGGAUCGUUACUUUUGGGAUGUGGAUAUACUCAGUUAACAAGGAGCAGCUUGCAAGAGCUGGAUUUUAUGCUUUAGGUCAAGGUGAUAAAGUGAAGUGCUUUCACUGUGGAGGAGGGCUAACUGAUUGGAAGCCCAGUGAAGACCCUUGGGAACAACAUGCUAAGUGGUAUCCAGGGUGUAAAUAUCUAUUGGAAGAGAAGGGACAAGAAUACAUAAACAAUAUUCAUUUAACCCAUUCACUCGAAGAGUCUCUGGUCAGAACUGCUGAAAAAACACCAUCACUAACUCAAAGAAUUGAUGACACUAUCUUCCAGAAUCCUAUGGUACAAGAAGCCAUACGAAUGGGAUUCAGUUUCAAGGACGUUAAGAAAAUAAUGGAGGAAAAAAUUCAGACAUCUGGGAGCAACUAUUCAUCACUUGAGGUUCUGGUUGCAGAUCUAGUGAAUGCUCAAAAAGGCAAUACACAAGAUGAAUCAAGUCAGACUUCAUUGCAGAAAGAGAUUAGUACUGAAGAGCAGCUAAGGCGCCUGCAAGAGGAGAAGCUUUGCAAAAUCUGUAUGGAUAGAAAUAUUGCUGUAGUUUUUAUUCCUUGUGGACAUCUGGUCACUUGUAAACAAUGUGCUGAAGCAGUUAACAAAUGUCCCAUGUGCUACACAGUCAUUACUUUCAAGCAAAAAAUUUUUAUGUCUUAAUCUAACACCACAGUAGGCAUGUUAUGUUCUUCUUAUUACCUUGAUUGAAUGUGUGAUGUGAAGGAACUUUGAGUAAUCAACAUUGAAUACCAUUAGCAUUUGCUACCAAGUGGGACAAAAUGUAAACGGCAGUGUUUUAGUUGGCAAUCUAAACUUUGAAUUUCUGGAUUUUUCAGGUUAUUAGCUGUAUCAUUUAUCCAAUUUUUUGUUAUUCAAUUGAAACCAUAGACUAAGAUGCAUUUUAUUAUAGCUGAUGACAAUGUGUAUCUGUCGUAUACUGACUUAGAUUUUAUGUAUGAGUGAAUUGAUCAUCGGAAUAUUUUACUCCUUUCAGAUAGGCUCGACAAAUGCAGCAUUCUGUAUAAACGUGGAGAUGAGAGUUAAUCUCCCCAAUCACAUAAUUUGUUUUGUGUGAAAAAGGAAUGAACUGUUCCACACUGGUGGAAAGAUAGAGAUUAUU